AUGCAGAAAGAGAAUAUAGGGGCCUGUGAGUGUUAUCAUCAUUCUGCAGAAGAGUUUCUAUACACUGAAGAGUAUGACAGGAGAGAUAAAGGUUGUAGUAAAAAGAAUACACGGAAAUAUCAUAAUGGAUCUAAAGAACAUAUUAGCUAUCUCAAUUAUGACUAUGAGUACAGUACAUCCUCUUAUUCACUAGAGUCCUAUAACACACUGCCUCCUGCACAUAACGAAAGUGACUGCUCUAAUUGUUCUUUAAGCGAAUCAAAUGAACAAUGUCGAGGAUCCCCUGAGAUUCUGUCAUAUGACUGCGAACCUGUGAAGAGUAUCCUGCCCUGCGGGAUCAUGGAAUUCUUGGAAAGGGUUGAUUCAAAAUUUGAGAAAAUAUUAGUGCUUCUUCUUGUACUUAUGACAUCAAGAGGGAGUGCCACGAUGAUUCUCUCAGUUUUUAUCAUAGGAAUCGCGGCGGCAGGCUAUUAUUUCAUGAAGUUUAUGAAGAUCAUCGGAGUCAGGCACUAG